AUUCUUUGAUAAUUAUGCAGAUUUAUCUGUCGCCAUUUGUAGUUCUUUAUUCCAGAGGAUAUCCAACCUUUGGAGAAUUCCACUCGAAGAUCGACAAACAUCUUUAUCCUUCCGUUUGACAAUUUGCAAUUCUCUUCAUGUCCAGUUAUGGGACGGUGUUAUUUCUUAAAACGAUUGCUCCGUUAUGUGGAGUUAUCAUAUCCAACUUGUUAUUUUUAGCUCCUAUGAAAAGUGUCUUAGAAGUUAGAAAUAAUGAGGAUAUAGGCCCUUUGAACCCAGUCCCUUAUUGCUUUAUUUUCGGUAGCACUAGUGGCUGGUUACUUUAUGGGGCGUCUGUGAAGAACUUUUAUAUAUGGUGGGCCAAUUGUCCUGGUCUCCUUUUGGCUAUUUUUUAUAUUCUAAGUUGUCACGCAGUUUUGGAAAAGGGUAAAAGGCGUUUUUUGUAUGAAGCUUUGACUCUUUCGGUGCUCGGACUCACGAUAAUCUGUGCCUUUUUAUCCGCCUUUAUAUUACCUAAAAAUAUUGCAAACAUAACUUUGGGUGUUUUGGCAAAUACUAUGUUAACUUGUUUUUACGCUUCUCCUUUGUCAACGUUAAUUGCGGUUGUAAGAUUGAAGGAUGCUUCUUCUUUGGACCCGUGGUUAUGUGCAAUGAAUACUGUCAAUGGAACGAUGUGGACUGUUUACGGGUUUGCUCUUGGGGAUCCAAUCGUUUGGUCGUUAAAUCUGUUAGGUGCCAUAUUGGGUGUGUCACAGUUAUCUCUCAUUUGUAUUUAUGGACGAAGGAACGCAACUAUAUCACCAACUUUGACAACUCCACAAGAUAUAGAAGAAAAGGUGACUGAAGGGGCUUCUUAUUCACAAAAGCCAGAAACAACAAACUACGGAACAGGUAACAAAGUAGACGUUUCUGGCGAAGCACUUUGACGCUUCUAUAUUGUAAGAAACGAACAAAUGGUCUCUUUUGGUUUCCAGUAGGUCGUACAAAAAAGGACUGUAGUGGAAAUUGAAUCUUGUCUAUGAUUCUACGACUUUCUAUACAUCUCUUCUUAAUUUUGUGACUUUUUGUAAAACAGCUGCCACCAGUUCACUGUCUGAUUGAAUCCGGUGUAGACUAUUUU